GGCGGCAUCCUGUCAUCAAGCAACCGUGGGCGCUUUUUCUUCCUCUCGGACAGUAUAAUCAAAGAUGUGGGAGAAAUGGAUUCGCCUGGUGUGAUGUGCCAAGGAAGGUGCCACUCUUCACAUCCUCUCUCUCCUUACAUGCUAACUAACCAAGCGAAGCCGAGGGAAGCUGUGAGAAUGCCAAAUUGGUAGUGGUGCUCUCACCCGCUCCACCACCGCCUCUACUAUGCACCACCUUUCAGCCCUCGGUGGUCGGUAGCCUGACUGGCAAAGAUGUUGUAAAGGUGGUUGAGGCUUGGCUUGGACUGGGUGAGAAGGAGCGAGAGGCCAGGUAAAAGAGCAUGCCAGGUGAAGAUCUCACUCGAGUAAAAACGAAGAAAGAAGCCCCACAAGCAAGUACCAACCACCAACCAACUUCUUCUCCUCCGCCCAAAACUGCCUAAACCCCUCACACAACCCCUUGUGCCUUUGGCAAGCAACAAAGUUUAAAGUGCGGCCAUUCCAUUGUUGGGACAGUAUUUAUCGAUUUGAAAGCUAGUGUGAUGAUCCGGCCUUGACAAAAUGGUCAAGACUAAAGCCAGUGUGUUAGUGGCGACACUUCUGGUGCAAUUUGCCGUGUUGGAAGGCCUGAAGUUUCCUCAGGAUGCUUAUCAAGUGUCAGUGUUGGAAAAUGUGACCCAGAAUGCUUUGUUACUCAACCUUCACGUGGACCAUGUCGUCGGGGAUGUUUUGUAUGAGAUGCUUCCCAAGAAGGAUAGCCGGUCGGCUCAGUUCUUCAAAGUGAUCCCUAAUAAUGGAUCCGUGAUGACUUGUGCCAAUCUGGACCGGGAAUUCAUGGCCAGUCACGAGUUUUCAAUCAUCGCCAAGAGUGGGGAUCGGACAACCUCGACCAUCUUGUCUAUCAAAGUACUUGAUAUCAACGAUAAUCCACCAAUCUUUGAGUCGGACUAUUACAAUGUGUCCAUACACGAAAGCACCGCGGUUGGAACGUCUUUACUGACGUUUCAAGCCACAGACUUGGAUGAAGGGGACAAUGGCAAAGUAUCUUACAGUAUCCUCAGUGGAGCUGGUUCCGACCAUUUGUUUCAGGUUGAUUCGGCCACUGGAGUGCUAGUCCUUACGUCACCCUUGAACCAUGAGGUCAAGUUUGAGCAUAUUCUCACCGUUUAUGCCAAAGAUAACGCAAAAGACCCAAGAGACGUUCAAGUUGCUUCGGCCAAGUUGUUACUGAACGUGCUGGACGACAACGACAACUUCCCCAUCUUUGAUCAAGAUGACUACUCGUUUGACGUCUUUGAGAACAAAACUUUUGAUGACAAUCCAUCCGUGGGCAAGGUUUUAGCUCGGGACAUGGAUUCCGGAAACAAUGCUGACCUGAGAUAUUCAAUCAUUGGCGGCAAUAACCAUGGGAACUUCAAGAUUGACCCCGAAAACGGGGCAAUUUUCCUCUCGGGUCCUUUAGACAGAGAAGGUCUCACAAAGUACAACCUUCUAAUUCGUGCACAAGACUCUGGCAAUCCUCCCAAAUCCAAUACCACCAAUGCAGUCAUCAACGUGCUUGAUGUCAACGACAACCCUCCUUCGUUCCCAACCGGUGAAUACUACCAAAGCAUCUCUGAAAAUGCUCCAGCUGGCUUCUCCUUGAUACAAAUCAAGGCCUUUGAUCCUGACCAAGGCAACAAUGCCAAAAUAGAAUAUUCCAUAUCCAACAUUGGAGAUGUUCCUUUCAUGAUAGAGGCUAACACUGGGUGGCUGGUAACCGAUCGAAAAUUGGAUCGGGAGAAACGUCAAAACUUUCAUCUGGAUAUUGAGGCUCAAGAUGACGGAAUUCCACCCAUGAUUGCCACAGCUGCCAUUCUUAUUGAUGUCAUUGACGCCAAUGACAACGAUCCUCGAUUUGAACAGAAGGAGUACAUUCUGUCAAUUACAGAAACGACUAGCAUUGGCAAGACCAUAUUGAUGUUGAAAGCUCUGGACACGGACGAGGAUUCUUCAUUGCGAUAUGAGUUGGUGAGUGGGAACAAGAGGAAUCGCUUCACUCUCUCCACUAAGGACAAUUUUGGCAUCCUGUCAGUGGCCCAACCAUUGGACUUCCAGCAAGAAAACAAGUACAUCUUGACGGUGAAUGCUGUUGAUGAGGGUGGACGAUUUGGUACAUGCAUGGUCAUCAUUGACAUCAAGGACGCCAAUAACCAUGCGCCUAGAUUUGAAAAGACUCCUUACUUUUCGGAUGUGUUUGAAGACACUCCCAUGGGAUCCACCGUUCUCAUGGUGUACGCGUCAGAUAAAGACUUUGGUGACAAUGCAGCCAUCAAAUACCGGUUGAAGUCCCCAAGCAGAUAUUUUAGCAUUGAUCCCACGUCAGGAGCAAUUGUCAUCACUGAUAGACUCGAUCGCGAAUCCAAAUCUACCCACGUGUUCACUGUGGUUGCUUCAGACCAAGGCAACCCUCCCCAACAAGACUCGACUGAUGUUGAAAUCUCCGUUAUCGACGUGAAUGACAAUGAACCAAUUUUCAGGAAACAGAGUUAUUCAGGAUCUCUCUUGGAAAAUGCACCGAUUGGCACCAAAAUCCUCCGGGUUCAAGCGGACGAUCCUGAUGAAAAUGCCAAUGGUGAAGUGUCGUUCUUUUUUGCUGAGGAUGUUCCAGAUUUUGUCAUUGAUCCACAUUCAGGAGACAUUCGAUCCAGUCAGAUGUUGGAUCGGGAGCAGCGUGCUUCCUACAAUCUAGUUGUUCUGGCCAUGGAUGGUGGUGAGCCUAAGAAGACCUCUCAAAUUGCGAUUAAGAUUGACGUCAUGGACAUCAAUGACAAUCCACCUGUGUUUUCCAACGACUCUCUGGUUUUCCACUUAGCCGAGAAUUCUCCAUAUGGCACCAAGAUAGGGAAGAUCUUUGUCGAUGAUCCUGAUAGCUCCGAGAAUGCUCAAAUUUCCUUCUUUAUGCUGAGUUCGCCUGACAGCGAGUUCUUCUAUCUUGAUGACUUUGAUCGAAGUGGGGGAAUCUCCCUCUUCGCUAAACGCGACUUUGAUUAUGAAUUGGAUCGAAGGGAGUUUAAGAUUGGGAUUCGAGCAGAAUCACCACCAUUGCAGACGGAUACAACUGUCACCAUCCUCCUCGAUGAUAUCAAUGACAACGAACCAGAGCUCAGAGACUUCCAUCUUGUCUACAAUCUGAAGGACAACGAAUACUCCUAUGAAAGCCUGGGAAAGAUCCCAGCCCAUGACCCUGAUCCUACAUCGCAACUGAGGUAUUCCAUCACAUCAGGGAACACCGCCAAACUCUUGAUUCUCGAUGAGUUCACUGGGGAAAUCCGUCUCUCUCCUCACAUUCAAACAAAUAUCGAUAUCGUCAAUGAGAUUGGUGUCAUGGUGUCGGAUGGACAAAACGAAGCCCGAGCCACUCUGUUCUUCCAGAUGAACCGCAUCACUGAUAAUAUGCUGUCGAACUCGGUAACUCUUCAGGUGGUCAAUGUAACCAUUCCAAACUUUCUUAAUGUCUACAUGGAGCACUUCAAAGAAGCCUUGGUUAUCGCUGUUUCAUGCAAGAAGGAAGACGUGGUCCUUUUGGGGAUCAAAGGUACACAAGAAGAUAGCCACGUAGUCAAUGCAACGUUUAGUAUUCGACAAGAAUCCCAUUUCAACAACGUGUACAUCUCUCCAAGCGUAAUCAAGCAAAUGAUCUAUCUUCAAAUGGGAAUUUUCAAACAAAUCUCCAGAUUGGAUAUAUUACCUUUUUCCGAUGAUGUUUGCGUGAAAGAGCCCUGCUUGAAUUUCGAACAUUGUCUCACCGUUCCAAAGUUUGGCAGCACAUUAGAGAUCUUUGAGGAGCCCAAUGUGCGCUUCCGAUCCAUAGAAACUUUGUUGACGUAUUCUUGUUUCUGUCCUUCUGGUUUCACUGGUUUGACCACCCGGUACACCUGUGACACAAAGAUCGACCUUUGUUAUUCGAGCCCUUGUCAAAAUGGUGGGAUCUGUUCCGCCACCGAAUCUGGUUACUAUUGUGAAUGUCCCAGGGGAUUCCGAGGACAAAACUGCGAAAUAGAGGACCUCCCUCCAGAUCUGGAUUGCGAUACGUGUUCUGAAGAAUGUAGAAAUCUCACGGCAAAAGCCAAAGCCUGUCCUGGUUCUGUUGACAACUCCCGAGGGUUCCAAAAUGGAUCGUUUCUUGCAUUUCCUGGGAUCACCAACAGAGUCGAGUUCAAAAUCUCCCUCAGUUUUGCCACUUUGUUCAAGAAUGGCCUUCUUUUUUACAACGGCCGUCUGACUGACAAUGAUGACUUUAUCAAGUUAGAGCUGUUUGACGAUGUUCUAUACUUCCAAUUCUCCACCGGGAAUUUCAAGCGCUCAGUUUCUCUCACUUCUGAGUUUGGAUUCUCCAAUGGCAAGUUCCAUCAAGUAGAAGUCCAAUACAGCUCUGGGAACGCGAGAAUCUCCAUUAAUGAUUGUGACACGAAACUCUUCACCAAAUAUGGACCCAAGAUUACGAACCAAGCUCAAUGCACCAACGCUACUAAUCCUGACCAAAACCUACUCAAAUGUGGAUCUUUCUUGAACCAUUGUCCCAAGUUCCUAGAUCUCAAUGGCCCACUUAUGAUGGGAGGACUGCCCUUAUGGAUCUCUUCCAAGACGAGCAUGACCUUUUUUAAUGGCUGUAUUCGUGACAUCUACGUUGACGAUGUGCCUGUUCCAAUGGACUCUGCCCUUUUGGGACAACGAGUCUCCAAAGGCUGUUUGCAAAAGAAGGACUUUUGCGUCUCAAGUCCGUGUCAAAACGAAGGGAUUUGUUCCAAUCGAUGGAAUGGCUUCAAUUGCCAAUGUCAGGAUGGAUUCACAGGAAAAGAAUGCUCCAAGAUCCCAGCUAAAUCGUACGGCCUCAUCCGCAAUUCCGGACUACAAUAUGAAAUUGGAUCUGAACGCAUCAAAUACCCUUGGCACCAUUCUGUGUCAUUCAAGACUAAAUCUGGAACUGCCAAAUUAUUGCAAGUCAACAUGGACGAGAAAGUGGUUUCACUCUUAAAAUUGGUGGACGGACACGUGUUUUAUGAUUUCGGGGGAAGUACUAUGCUCAAACUCCAAGACAAAGUCAACGAUGGGUUCUGGCACAACUUGGAAGUCAAAUGGAUGCGAAACGAGAUUUGGGUCAACUUGGAUUAUGGAGCCUUGGAACAAACAAUCAAGACUGAAGCUAACGUAGAAGGCAAGGUCGUGACCACCGUUGUUAACGCCAUGCCCUUGCAAAACUUUAUCACCGGAUGCGUGAGAGAUUUGACAAUGAUGGGACAACAUGAGAGCAACUUAAAGAUCUUGCGCCAAGAAAACCUCACAGACUGCUCCUUGACUCCUCUUCACGCAGAUUUGACCAAGUGCUCCUUGGAAAUGGAGGGUCAAUGUACUUCUUAUUGCUCUUUGGAACUAUGCCACGAAUCAAGCACUUGCCUGGAGGACAGUGAUGGGUACAAAUGUUUGUGCAGCUCGUCCCGGGACACUAAAUUAGACAAGUAUUGCUAUCCGACCUUUGUACAAUCAGUGUGCCCUCGGCAUUGGUGGGGAACCCCUAUUUGUGGUCCUUGCAAUUGUGACACCACCAAAGGGUUCAAUGAAACAUGCCACUCGUUGACGGGUGCAUGCCAAUGCAAAGCGUUCCAUUUCUACUCUGUGACUGAUGACCUUUGUCGCCCUUGUGACUGUAGCAGCCUCGGCUCCAUUUCAAGUGAAUGCGAUGCCAAAACCGGCCAAUGUCAAUGCAAAAAUGGAAUCAUAGGUCGGCAAUGCAACACUUGCGCCAACCAGUUUGCUGAGCUUUCCGCUACAGGUUGCGCAGCGGUUUAUGGAUCGUGUCCAAGUGAGAGGAGAGAUGGGAUCCGAUGGGAGCGCACCGAGUUUGGAGCAGGCUCCCAAGAGGCUUGUCCAGACUCCUCUCAUGGAAGAGUGGUGCGAAACUGCUCCACUUCAGGGUGGGAGGAACCAGACUUCAGAGGCUGUACACAUCGAGCAUUAUUGAAGCUCACUGGAGUGACUGUUAUCAACGACUCGACCCUUUUCAUCCACACCUUGAAGGACGCCAUUCCAGAGUCUCCGGAACGAAUCUUCAAAAAUGACAUUGAAAUUGUCUCCUCUAUGCUAGAGAAGAUCAUGGCCAAGGAGAAGAAGCUCAUUGGUUUUCAAUUGGGACAUCGCCGAGAUCGGGACUUCUUGGAGAAUUUGAUUGAAAUGUUUGCUUGGAUUUUGAGCCAUCAAACCAAUAUUGCAGACUAUGUGAAAACCAUUCUUGUGCUUAAUGAGUAUGGAACCAAAUUGGCCACAACCAUGGAAGACACUUUGACUAAACCUCAAAAAGUAAUUCAGUCCAAUCUCAUAUUUGCCUUGGACAAGGCCCCCAGUUGCAAUCUUCAAGACAAGAACCAGUCGCCUUACGUUGGUCAAGAUAACAUGGGAUACUCAUGGGGAGACUGGAAGACCUACUUUUGCAUUCCAAAGAACCAGAGCGCCUACCAAUACACCACUGUGCAACCAUUGAACCACACCAUCUUAACCAAAGAUGUUAUGAUGCCGUCCAUUCGGAAGGAUUCCUACCUCACUUAUUUCUCGAACAUCGUCUCGUUUGUCCGAUUGCUCAACAACUUCGAAAAUGAUGGCUCUUUUCAUCAUAUUUUCAAGGGUAAAAAAAGAUUCGGGCGGAAUCAGCUCCAUUGCGCACUUUGGGAGGAGGAACUUCGCGUUUGGAACUCUCUUCCAUGUGAGACCAGCGUAGAGGACGAGGAUGCGUUGGGAUUCUCCAAUGUCCAUUGCCUUUGCAGCCCUCACAAAGAAGUUAUUGUGGUUGUAGAGGAGCACCUCAAAAAGGGAAAGAUCUUCUUCACGUAUGAACAAGAGGGUAUUCAGUUCUUGGUGGUGUCAGGGGUGUCUAUCCUCCUAUUGGUGUUGUCUCUCAUCUAUUUGGUGUUCUUUGGCUCUCGGACACUGAACACGACUCACAUUGCGAUUAAUAUUAUUACCAAUAUUUUGAUCUUCCAAGUCGCAUUCAUCCUCUCUCUUGUCUACAAUGAUGUCUUGUCGGAGAGCAUGAGCUUAUGCAAGCUGAUCGCCAUCGUGUUCCAUUACACCAGUAUUGCCAUGUUCACUUGGACCUUCAUCAACUCCCUUCACAUCUACCGAAUGAUCACCGAGCUCCGGGACAUCAAUCGAGGACUAAUGCCAUUUUACUACGCCAUCGGUUUGGGCGCCCCUGCCAUCGCUGUUCUUCUUACAAUGGGUGUGACCGGUAGAAGCUAUCAUAGUGCACAAUUUUGUUGGUUUGACUUCACGGGAGCCGCUAUGUGGGCAAUGCUUGGUCCUGAGAUCCUGUUGGUGUUCUUUUCCAUCAUUUGUACCAUGAAAAACAUUCGCACAGUGGUCAACACAACAAAAGGCAUGAGCGACUUCCAUCUCAUCCGAAGGCGUUUCUUCGUCAAUCUUGGUCUCAUUCCUCUCAUUACUGCCUUCCAUGUUAGCUCUCUGCUCCUUCUCAAUCAAGGGAGUUUGUCAAAUAGUGUUACCUCAAUUAGUUUUCAAAUCAUAUCUGUGAUAAUUGCCGUGUUUGUGGCUUAUGGCUUCGUGUAUUACGAGUCCCAAGCGAACACCAAACAUUCCAGCCGAACCUCACCUGCUUCCAAAUCAAGUGGGGCAGUGAAAUCGGCUUUGAUCUACACUCAACCCCACCAUCACCCGGUCUCAGAGGUGUCUGCUAUGGACAAUCUCAGUCGAAAUAUUUCCGUGGCCUCAACCACGUCCUAUUCUACGACAUCCCAGAAGAAAUCGGGGACGAAAGACAUUUAUAAUUGUUACUACACCGACUCAGAAUCGGACUUGGAUAGGAGAAGCAUUCAGCUCGCCUCCAGUCAUUCAAGCGAUGAAGACAACCCAAUCCCACCAAGCAAUGGGCAUCAUAGAACCUAUGAGAAUCGCCUCGUGGUAAAUGACAAACCCAAUCAUAGUUAAUCAAAGUCAUCAUCACUAAUGCCUUAUGUUAAAAUCAGUAAUACAAAAUCUGCG